CACGCUUCCGCUUCUUCUUGUUUGGCUCUAGGAACAGGAGUGGUGUUGUUGGAGCUUUUUAUUGGAGUAACACUUCCUGAUCUUCCUGACAUAAGUCAGUCAUUUUUAAGUCUCGACAUUCCGGUUAUUAUUCAGUCAUCUCUGAAUCAAUCGUGUUUUCUUUUCUUUUUUUUUACGGUUUGCCUUGUUUUUCCUACUAAGAGUGUGAAAACUUACUUUCUGUGUGACAAGACUCCCGUUUAUUUCUGUAGUUUUAUUUGGACAGGGCGGAACAAAUCUAAGAUGAUUCCAGGAGCGCCUGCGCUUCUUUUUCUGUUUGUUUUGGUGAACACCUGUCUGAGCCAGCAGACAGGUGAGCCGUGCUUUUCCAAAUUCAAGAAAGGAAAGGAAGAUUUUGUUCUCGACCCUGAAGAGUCAGUGAAACACGGGGCCACGUUCAUCUCCGCACCGAACCUGUCUCGAGAGAAGGACUGUGUGGCCGCCUGCUGCAAAGAACCGAAGUGCAACCUGGCUUUCAUGAAGAGAGGAGAUGAGGAGAAUGGUCCGAUCGAGUCCUGCUUCCUGUUGGACUGUCUGUACAUGACCAAAUACGUCUGCCGCUUCGCGAGACAGCAGGGAUUUACGAGUUACAUCCUGGAUUCUGUGUAUGAAAAAAACCUAAAACACGAACCCAAACAAAUACCAGAUGCUCCACCAGUUGCCAACGGUGGGCCCGAUAUUGUGGUCCAGCCCAAUGAUGCUGUGACACUGAAUGGCAUCCAGAGCAAAGAUGACAAAGGAAUUGUCACUUAUGAGUGGCAAAUGCUCUCUCCUUAUCCUUUUGCUGUCAUAGAGAGAACCAAAUUUCCUGACCAGGUUGUGGUUUCCAAUUUAACAGCUGGGAGAUACAAGUUCAAUUUAACUGUCAUUGACACCAUCGGUCAGUCUGAUUCAACUGUUGUCACCGUCCUGGUCCUCACCCCUGAACAAUCUAUGGAUCAUUGUUUGGUUCCAAAGAAAGUUGGGCCAUGUCGUGGAUCUUUCCCUCGCUGGUACUAUAACGCCGCCUCUGAAAAAUGCGAGACGUUUUUUUUUGGAGGCUGCAGGCAGAACAAGAACAAUUAUCUUACUGAGGAGGAGUGCGCUAUGGCCUGCAACGGCACAGAUAAAAUAACCAGCACUGAACCACCAGCCUCUGUAGAAAAGUGUGGAGCUCCUUGCAGUCCAGAGGACUUCACUUGUACCAAUGGCUGCUGUUUAGAUCCAAACCUUCAAUGUGACUCAGUCCCACAAUGUUCAGAUGGCUCAGAUGAACAUGACUGUGAAAUCGUGAUCUACGAUCCAAUCGCGCCGAUGAAAGAAGAAAGGGAAAUCUGCACAGAGACUCCAGACACAGGGACCUGCAGAGAAAGUUCCACAAAGUGGUACUAUGAGCCCUACCAGGAGGAUUGUUUUCCCUUCAACUACAGUGGCUGUGGAGGAAAUGAGAACAAAUUUGACACAAAGAACUACUGUCAAUCUUUUUGUCGUGGAGUAACUAAAGCGGAUGUAUUUGCACUACUUAACAAUAAGAAGGAGAACAGUGGAAGAACUGGAAACCUCACAGGUGUGACAGCGCUAAAGGUCCUCGCGGUUAUCUGCAUCCUCGUCCUCCUCGCACUCGUGGGGUACUUCUUUGUGAGGAGGAGGAUUUCCCAACAUCUACCGGUGCUGGUUAUACAAAACACCACGGCUGAAGGGGAGACAGACUCGGCAGUCUACAAAAGUACCACAAACCUUAUCUGACCCUCUCAGUUCACCAACGUCCUGUUUGACUGCCAUAAGCAGAGGGUAGAACAACUUUAAUCAUCUUUAUCUUUUUUGCUUGGCAUUUUACAUGGGUUAAGGGUCAAAUAUUUAAAUUCUAGUUAACUCUAGAAGUACACUGAUCAGAUCAGAAUAGGCAUCUGGAUUCUUAUUUUUUUGAAAAUCUAAGGAUUUUUUUUCCCAGAUUACCAGUGGUAUUUUUCCAUUAUGUACUUUAGUCUGUUUUAUCACUUGAAUUUUUAGGGUUUUAAAUGCACUUUUUUCUUUUUACAAAUGCACACUUGUGAAUGAUGUUAUUCAUGAUUAAGUUUUUUUUUUUCCAGAGUUUUAAAAACCCUAUUUUAGGUGUCUAUGUGGCCUUCCUGCAGGGACAGAGAAAGUGGCAUGUAUCUGUAAGAGAAUAAGUCAUUUUCUUGUGUCCUUGACUUUGUAUCGGUUCUGUUCGGGGAUUCUGCAGUUUUCAACCAUUCUGGCCCGUUUCUCUGAGUAAAACCCAGAAGGAGCAGCAAAGCAGCUAAAAUAAAACAGAGUUUUGUAUUUAUUUAGUUACCAACGUGUUUAAAAUGUCUGCAGCAGAAAAAAACGAGCUCCAACUCAGGCGGAAGUAAUACUUUUUAAGAUUUGUAUCUGAACUAUUGUUUUAUUUUAAUCAAUAAAUGUUGAAAUACUAAGAGAAAAUAA